UCCCCGCCCCUUUUCGUGUUUAAAUGGGACCGACACCGAAACAAUCGUUCAGUCUGUACGGUUGUCUUGUGCUCUUAUAGGAUCAUGGAACUGACCGGGGAUCAGCUGAAAAUGGCUGAGAGCCAGCUGAAAAGCUAUUUGCCGCGGUCACAGCAGGCUUACGGAUGUCUGGUUCUCAAAAACAGACUCAGAUCGGACCCUGCAAAGAUUUUAGUGGACGCAUGGCCAAAAUUCAGCGUGAUUAUCUACAAACCACUGCGUGAACAGGAGGGAGAUUCGUUUAAAGACUUAGUAGUUUUUGCUAACGACGACGCUGUGCUGGAAAAAGUCAUAAGGACGUCGUCCGUUAUUGACUGGACUAGUUUCAACUGUGUGGGACUCAAUGUUCACCAAAUGGAGGUAUUUAAUGCAGUGGCGUCAGAAAUGAAUGUGCCCACCAAAAAACUCUCUCUGUGUCGCAUAAUGACGAUGGAGGAUGUGUCCAGGCUUCCCACCAUAGACAGCUCAGGGAUCUCCUUGAGCUCCCUGGAUGAAUCACACAUUGCCUUGAUAAAUCGAAACUGGAAGUUUGGAAAUAGUAAUCACGCCAUCAGGAUGAUCCGCAACAUGGUUACAAACUUCCCAUCAUGCUGUGUGCUGGAUGCGGAGGGAAGACCUGUGUCCUGGAUUCUGACCUAUGCGUCCUGUUCCAUGGGGAUGUUGUACACGCUCCCAGAGCACAGAGGGAAAGGCUACGCUAAAGCUGUGAUCGUUACUUUGGCCAAGAGACUCCAAGCUCAGGACUAUCCUGUGUACUGCUUUAUAGAGGAGGAGAACAUGGUCUCAUAUAAGCUCUUCAAAAGCCUUGGCUUCACACACGACCCCUCAUACAGAGAAACAUGGGGGGCAUUCAAUUAUCAUUUGAAGCACUUAUAAAGCUACACAAGUAACUUGUGGAAUAUGAGCAAAUUGUUGCACAGAAAAUUAAGAAAUAAGUACAAAACGGUAAUUUCAGAAACUCUGAAUGUGAAAAACUAUUGUUUUAGCCUCCUCCUGCACAUGAGCAUGGACCUCACACCUUUUGUGAAAAAUCACCAGAUGCACGACUGGAUCUAAAAAUGAAAAGGCAGAAUUUAAUUACAGUAAAUGUCUAUAAUUGUAUUGUUAUUUAAGAGGAAAAAAUAUUACAUAUGACAAAGACUGCACUGUUCUUAUUCUUGAAGAUGACAUUAUUAACCACAAACAGGUAAUAUAUUAAAACCAAAGUACAAAUGUGUGUAAAUCUAUUUUUAAAAAGAUAAAAUAAACUCUUCUGACUGCUUCACCUUUGUGUGAAGUCUUCAAGGCGGAGCAACCAAGUUUGCCAGUACCCCAGCAUCAUCUCUGAGCUCAGCUGAUGAGCAUGGCCAGGUGUGCCAUCCUUGUAGGCUACAACAAUGAGUCCAUUUUCCACCUGCAACCAGAAGAAAAUGAGCAGAGUAUAAAGAGGCUUGUAGAUUGUAUACACUGGCAACUAAAUGUGGAUAAAUAAAAUGUAUUUGACCUGG